CCCUAUACACUAGACUCUUGUGAUGCCUAAAACCCUACCAACAAACUCCUUCAAAGAAGAAAGCCACUUUCUCUUGUCAGUUUUUCUCGAAGUGUUGCUCAGGAUAAUCUAGUUCUAGAAGUAUUUCUAUCCCAUUAAGCUUGUCAUUUGGCUAGUGUCCAGUGAUUAAAGGGAUAAAAACAAAAAAAAAGUGCUUGGGGGGAGGGAGUCCCAAGCGAGUCUUGCAAGGAUAGGACCAUUCAUUGCCGACGCUUUCUUUUCUGGGGUCAGUCUUAGCCGUCUUGCAGGGAAUUGGUUGCAGGGACUCUUUGUGGUGAUUAUGGCUUGUAUUCAGCACAGCAGAAAUGCUCUACGGCGAAUUAUUGCUAAAGAAACCAGCUUGAAGAGCUCUGAUGGUGCUAUACAUCCAUUGUUAUAUGCUUGUCAAGGCAUUAGAUAUAAGAAGUUAGAAGUUAUUCUUACAACAAGCAUAGAGAAGCUUGGGAAAGCUGGUCAGACAGUUAAGGUUGCGCCGGGGCAUUUUCGCAACCAUCUGAUGCCCAAAUUACUUGCUGUCCCUAACAUCGAAAAGUUUGCGCAUCUUAUCAGGGAGCAACGCAAGAUUUACCAACCCGAGGAAGAAGAGGAGGUGAAAGUAGUUAAAGACACAAUGGAAGAUAAGAUGAAAGAAUACGAAACAGCAGCAAAACGCUUAGUAAAAGCCCAGUUGGCUUUUAGGGUAGGGAUCAAUACUGCAAAAUUCCGUGCCCGUGAAUCAAAAGAUGACCCAAUAGAAAUUCUUUCACCAGUGACAAAGGAUGAUAUUUUAAGAGAGGUGACAAGGCAAUUCAAUGUGCAGAUUGAACCUGACAACGUGCAUCUUCCAUCACCUUUGACUGCUCUAGGAGCGUUUGAGGUGCCACUACGCUUCCCAAAGUCUAUUCCGUUGCCAGAGGGAAAGGUUAAAUGGACACUUCAGGUCAAGAUUCGGGGUAAAUAAAUAUUACCUCAUCAUCAAAUUCUUGAUGAACGUUUAGACAAUACUAUUGUAGAAUUCUUGUGACGAGCUUGAUGCUUCAACCCAGCACAUCUUGAAUCCUGCGAUGUCCAAUACACUUCUUCAAUAGUCGAUCCUUACAUAAGUUAUUGUGGGAUGAAUUUUGAUUGUAGUAAGUUGGAUAA